CGCAAUUUGAUAACACGUUUAAGCAAAAAAUGACAUUUCAAGCAGAAGCUCAAAGCAUCAACGACUCAACAGUUCAAAAGCUGAUGACAAUUGUUGAAAAUCACAAUCGGAAUUAUCGUGAUGAAGAAAUUAUGGCACUUCGUGAAGAAAUAAGCAAAAUACAGAAUGAAAUAAAGACGAUUGAAGAACUUUACAAAGUCAAAGAGAACUUGAAUCAAAAAUUGACGAGUAGUUUUCUUGAAAUUCGACUUCAUUGCAAAAUCCAUGUUGAAACCACAGAACAUCAAGUGAGACGAAUGAAGCAUCCAGCAGGCGAAAUAGCUGCACAACUUCAUCAAACAAAGGUGUUUUUCCGACAUGCUAGUGAACAAUGGAAGAAAAAGGAACACAGAUACAUUCGUGAUAUUGAGAAAAUGAAUAAUUACAUCCAUGGCAUGCAUUCGACAUUGGAACGAAAUGGAAUUUUCGGUGGUCAGCAGAUUGAAGGAUCCGACGAAUAUGAAUCAGAAGUGGAAUCAAGUGGAUCUCCUUAUAGGUCAAAUCAUUAUGAUUCUGAUCCACAGUAUGAUGGUGAUUGUGAUGACUAUGACGAAUCAUUUCAAGAGGCAGCUCAAGAUCAACAAAAUAUUGAGUCAUCCUUACAAGACAAUCGAAAUUACGAGUCUAUUCGAGAUGCUGAUGAAGCUGUGGAAAUUGAUUGUGUGACAUCGAAUGUUCAAUGUUCUGGAUUGGUUCAAGCUAGUCAACGUUCUGAAGAACCUGUUGAAUCCUUUGCUGAACCAAUGGCUUCUGACAAGCUGAUUUCAUCAGAUAUAUUAGCACAAGACAAAGCGUCACAAGAACCGAAUUGGUGCGACAUAAUUGAGGCUGAAGAUUCUGGAUUUAAUCAGCAAAGCUCAUCGAUUGAAUUGGUCCAUUUUGAUUCUUCAGCAAGUGACUCAACUUGCUAUAAUGUGGUUGUAAAGUGUCAAGAAGCUUCAUCGACUUCAAAUUCCCAAACCGGAGAUAAGGAAUUUGAAGCUGAUAAACCAAUUGAACCUGAAGUUCCCAUGAAAAUUAAUAUGGAUCCAUUCGUUCAUGGCUACGUUGAAAAGAAGUGUGAAGAAUCAAAGCUCAAAUCUAAGCCAAAGAAGCAACGAAAGCAGAAGCCUAAAUCAAAACCAAAGUUCAAAAAUCUUGUAGCUUUCGGUGGCUUCUAA